UUACAGUGUUUACAGAAGUACUUAUUCCCUCUUAUUCCAGAACCAUCCAAAGACAGGCUGCCUCAAGGCUUGUACAAUCUCAUAGGUUUUGUCACCCAUUAUCUUAGAAGGAAGUUGGACUCCCUGGCAAAUAAAAACAGAAUAAGAAUAAGCAAUGGACAGAGAGUAUUUCAAAUCAAUUUAAUUUUCUGCCUCCUCAUGGAUAGGUGAACAGUGCUAUAAUUCACCAGCGGGUAAAACAUCCUGCAUCUACUUUUCUUCCACAUGAGCCCUCCACACCCCUUCCUUCCUCCUUCCGCCCUCCUACCCCGACUUUUCCCUCCAUCUGGUCCUACUACAGCCGGCUCUCCCUCCUGCCACAGGCCAAAGAAGCUUAGGGUGGUCACUAUAGCAACAGCCAAUCAGAAGCCAGGAAGGCGGGGUGUUCUUCGGAGAAAAUAAUUCAGCCCGCCCUGAUUAUUUAAGCAAAGGCAGGGACUGGGGGUGGAGAAGCAGUUGCUGCGCGCAACCUCGCGCUGAAUUAGGUUUCCGACACUCGGGCGGGCGCGCAGUCUGGGAGCAUCCCUCUCGCCUUGGCCGAGGGACUUUUUUUUUUUUUUUUGAGUUGUGCUUGGAUUUCUUUAUCAGGGCGAACAAGCCAUCCGGUAAGUUGACAACUUGCAGAAAGUUUGAGGGACAGACGGGAAGGGAGGCAAGGGUUAGCUUUCUGCUUCUGCCUGAGUAAUCCUCCUAAUGAAGUAAAGCGCAGUUGACGGUGCGAACAUCCAGGUUGUAAAUAAAGACUUUCUCUCUGUGUAUGUGUAGAGAUACACACACACAUAUAAAAUGCUGCUUGGAAGUGAGACCCGCUGAAGAUCAGUGGCGCUUAAUUCCAACUGGAUGUGGAACAUCAUUGUAUUCUGCAAUGAAGUCGUUUAUUCCAAAUGGACAAAUGAUAAAGUAAGGAAAAAAGGAGAACAUGGCACUGGCAUCCUGGUUUGGAUGGAACGAACCUUCUAGUCGUAUUUCUCAAAGAAGCCCAAUGGAAAUGGUGACUGAAACCCUGAUGAUGGAGCUUGAUUGGCAGAUCAAAGAAGCUGAGAAACAACAGCGGGAGAAAGAAAACGAGUAUCGCAAGAUCAAAACAGGAGUUGAUUAUGGCUGGCUGGUUAGCUACCCCAAGCAUGGCUAUGAUAUCACUCCAGGGGAACGUUUGCAGCUGGAGGAAAUCUGUUCCAAAAUACAUCCAUCCUAUUGUGGCCCAAUCAUUAUUAGAUUUCGGCAACUUAUUUCUGAAUAUGAACCAGAGCCUGGAGAAAUACCUCGGAUUUUCCGUUCUGUUCUGCACGAUGCCACAGAGAAGAUCAAAGAGGAAGAGGAGGCCAAGAAACUUGCAAGACAAUGGAACACCAAGAACAAAACCAGCCUCUCCCUCACCACAUUCAGAUCCCGCAUCAGGAUUUCCCCCUUCAGCAGUGAUAUCAAGACCAUUUCAGAAGACGUGGAGAGGGGCAUGGAGCCGACCAAAAGAAUGUGGAGCAUGCCUGAAUUCAGGGAUACCAAGGACUACUGACUUUAUUUGUAACAUUAGUUUCUUUCUUUCUUUUUUUUAGAAACAGACUAUUUUAUUUAUUUGCAGGAUGGUUAUUUUUGUCCUGUUUCCAAUUGUUUCUCUAUUGGGAGGAAUUCACCUGAAUUCUUUUUAGGUAUCUUUUAAUCCAUGCAUUUAUGCCUGUAGGUUCCUGUUUUCCUUGGGCAAAUACAUAAAAAAACCAUUCAGACAGAUUAGCCUCACUUUUAACAAUUUAUUAUGCUACGAGCUUGCAUGAAAAACUGCACAUAUCUCAGCCUAAUUAUGUGUUUAUUAAACAUUUGUAUAGCUGCCUAUCUUACAAGAAAUUUGCUUUUUGUCACCUAAAAGAGAGGCCCAGGGAAUAAUAGUGAAAAGCAUGCUUAUUUAUUUUAGCUUUCUUUUGGGUUUUCUCUCAAUCCUUUUGCCCAUGAUCGUACAAACAUUGGCAUAAACUGCACAUCACCCAACCACCAGCCAUAUGCAAGGAUCCAUGCAUAAAAAGGCAGAAAUAUCUCAUUUAGAAUUUCCCAGCAUUAAAUCUGAAACAAAAGUAAGUAGUAUAAGAUGGCAGUAGUUUAACCUUUUUUUUUUCUUUUUGCCAAAAUGUUAUCAGGCAUUGCUGUCAAUAUCAUCAGCUGGAGGAAUGCCAAUAGAAUAGAAUCGGAUAGAAUUUUUUAUUGACCAAGUAUGAUUGGACACACAAGGAAUUUGUCUUGGUGCAUAUGCUGUCAGUGUACAUAACUCCUAAUUAGAAAGGUGAGCCUUGCAGGGUACUUUAGGCUACAAAAUUUGAGGGGAGGGGAGGAAUUUUUCAAAUGGUUGAAAAUUUUUAGCACCUGGAAGUUCUUCCUUUUUGGUAAUUGGUUGCUAUAUAGCCUUAACUAUAUACAAUAUAUCUUGGUUAAUCAGUGACUACCAUGGACAGGCCAUGUUAUCUCUAUCCUGAAAAAAACAGGGACCUCUAUGUUGACAUUUUAAGGCAAAAUGUUUCUUUAAAACCGAAAAAACUGAAAAAAGGAAUGGGUUCCUACACUUAGGGGAAAAAGGAAUGCUUUGAAGCACCAUUUUCAAGGUGUAUCACCAAGGCAGUGCUUCCAUUUUCCCUCCCCUGAGUUGAAAAUUUCUAAAAUCAAUGCAACAAAAUGUAUUUCCCUUAUUUUUAUUCUUAUUGCACACAUUUCUACACCACUGGUUUAGGAAGAAACAUUUGUCACUUGGAUGUAUACAUUUUUUUGGAUUUUUAAAAAAAAUGAAAUACAGUGCUGCUGUGACCACGAUGGAAUGUACCUCCAAACUUCAGUCAGACAUUUUACUGGGCUUAUUUUUGUGUAAUAUUUAAAAGCCAUAAGCUCACAAUGGUCACGUGAGUUCUUGACAUGGCUCCUUACUUGUGUACUCUCUUCACACUGGAGGCACAACUCAAGCUGCCAAGGUGAAGUCCUCUUCGGUGUUUUACAGCCCUAGAGAAAGACUGUGUAACAUUGGUGUUGAAGAUGGGAGGACUGACUGUCUUACUGAUGCCAUAGUCUUUUGUGCAAAUUGUACACUGUGGUAUUUCAGUCAUCUAUCUAAAUAAAAACACUUUUCUGUUUCUGCUCGAUAUCUUGUUGAUACAGGAACAGGUGGUGGUUUUGAUUAGAGCUUCAGACCAGUUCUUGAAAAUUAAUGGAGCACUUAAGAGGGUUUUGUGCUGCUUGCAGAACCUAAAUUCCCCAAAAAGACUGUUGGGGUUCUUUUAUUUUGUGGUGGCUUCAGCUUUAUUUUAGAAUGCUUUUGCUAAUGUUGGAUUUCCUGUAAGUAAGCAGAGUAUGCACUGAAGAAUUUUCUCUACUCCUGCUUACCUUCUUUCUCAAAUAUAUUUGACAAAGACACCAGCAAACAGCAUUGUUUAAUACCAAGUGGAUUUAUGGCUUCGGUUAUGCAUGAGUGGGAGUAUAGAGAUAUUGACAAUUUGACAAUCAUACCAUCUAAGCCAUCUAAGAAAACUAUUUUCAUUGUGGCAUUUCUAAACUGUUUCUCCAGUGUUGAAAUAUUGGCACAUAUGUAACCUUAACUCUAAAGUAGUCUGGUCAAAUCUCAUAAACUCCAAAUAGACUGGAAUUACAACUCCUAACCGAAUGCUGAGUUAUAAGCCCAACAUGAUGUAGUAUUGAUGAGGGUACAUCAGUCAAGGCUGAUUUAAAGGCCAAGAGCAGAAACUUGUGAGACUGUCUUCCCACUUUCUGCUCAGGCAGCCUGAGAAUGUGAGGAAAUUGCUGGUGAAUCCUCUUUGUCUGUAUUGGACCUGUGUUUUAUACAGCACAUUUUGAACAUGCUAAAUAUUUACAUCUCUUGUACAAUGGGCUCCUUCUUUGCGGCGUCUAGUGUUUUGGAUGCCUGGUCCUUUUUGCAUUAGGAUCCAAUUUGUGGGAAAAACUACAAAAAUAGAAAGCCAUUUCCUAUCAAGUCACAUGAUCACUUUUGUACCUAGGAGUGAAAUGCUUGUUGCAUUGCAUUCAAUUACGAAAGUGCUUUCCUUAACUUUAGCUGCCUUGUGAUUGAUUGUGAUAGAUACAGAUCUGCUGUGUUCUGUUUAUUAACAGUUUCAGUGUUACUUUAGGUAUCUAAUAUAUAUAUUGACUACAAUUAGCAAUGCUUUUCUACUACUAUUAAAAUACAAUUUCUUGAAUAAGCAAAAUAGAGACUGUGUUCAGGAGUGAUAUAGUUAUAUCUGAAUGUAGUGUCCACUCUUACCUGAGAGUGAGUAGUAUUGAAGAAUUGUAUGUUUGAAACACAUGCACAGGACUGAAAGAUUUUAUGUAUCACUCAGGUUGUAUCCCAUAUUCCUACCUCCCUAGGAAAAUUCCACAGAAGACAGUGGGAUUAUAUAUCUUAGUAUCUACACAUAGGAUUCCAGUGCUAAUUGCUAAAUUAAACAACUGGAAGAAGGGUUGGUAAAGUGGAAAGAGAAGCUUUAAAAUUUGAUUUCGCAGAAAACAUUCCUAUUAAAUGGUUGAUUAAAAAUAGGCAUCCACUCUCGAUGGUUUUGUAGACCAAGAAGAUCCCACCUUCAUCCGACUUAUGUAUUGGUUCCUUUGUUACAUAAUUUUUUGUUAACUUUUGAUGUUUAUUAUGGCCUUUUAAUGUUUAAAUGUUUAAAUUGUUUUAUAUUACUAUUUUCUGAUAUUGUAGGUCAUCCAGAGUUGUUUAAGAGUGAAAUGGGAGGCAUAUCAAUUUAAUAAAUAAAUAUCUAUGAAACACAAAACCAGCUGGCAUGCUGAAGAAUUGGCGUGACUUUCAUAAAGAAAAGUCAAUCUUAUUAUCUGAAUUUUCUUUGAUGAGAUGACCUACCUAUUGAUAUAGUUGGGCUUUUAAGAAUAUUUCAAAUUGUUUCUCACUGAAAGUCUAAGAAAGUGGAAAUAUGAAGAGCAACAAGAGAUCCUCCCCAAAUUUUAUCCGCAUUCGUAAAUUAUUGUCCAAAGGUCAAACUGCUUUCUUCACCACGUUAUCCUUUUAAACAUUACCCUGAGGAUUGUGCUAAUACCUGCAUUUUUGUUUCUCUAGCUGAUUUAGAUUUGUUUGAAAGAAAACUAUAUAAAGCAUUGGAACAAUUAUGAUUUUUGUUUGGAAUUAAAUAGGUUUCAUUAUAAUGCUAUCUGGCUUUAAUUUUUGAAUUUGUUACAAAUCACAAAAAAAGUCAUUUCCCCACUGGCAGAUCCUUCUCUCCAAGGUUAUAUUGUGGGGUAGGUAAGAGGAAAGAAAUGAAAGCUUGCUAUUGUUGGAUAGAGCUCUUCUGCCAGGAACCCUCUACUUUAGCCUAUUUAUGAGUACCAAACCAAAAUCCACAGCUUUUUACGUUUUUAAUUAAUUUUUUUUAAAACAACUAUUUAACACCACACUCAAAGGGGGGGUAACUAUGCAAUUCUCUGUAACAUGGUGAUUUUUAUGAUUGUUCAUUUAUCCAGAUAUAAAAAUGUUUAUUCAGGAAAAAAGACAGCAAAAAGAAGGAUAUCAAGACCAAAUAAUACAUCCAGUUGGUUAUGUGUUA